AUGGCCGCUGCGGCCGAAGCACCGGCGGCGACUCCAACCGCCGCCGCCGAGUCGCGCGGAAUCUUCGCCGUCCCUCGCCCCGUUCGCGACCUCUUUAAGCGCUUCCCGCUGCAUGUCUAUCCUCCCGAAAAACUACCGGCACGCGCCCCUGACCGCGCGCGCCCGAGACCGUGCCUCUACGUCUUCGCAACCGACGAAGCCGCUCGCUCCGGGCUCCCGAGCUACAACCCUUCGUGUCUGAAGUGGCAGACGUACCUGAAAAUGGCCGGCAUCGACCUCGAACUGGUUCCGUCCAACAACCAUGCCUCGCCGUCGGGUGCCUUGCCCUUUCUCCUCCCUCCUUCGUCCGACCCGAGAUCGGAUGCCCCCUUGGCUGGCGGCAAGAUUGGCCAAUACGCCCGAGACCACGCAAGCGGCUUGGCGGACACCUCGUCUCCCCGAUUCGAAGCCUACCUUUCUCUUUUGACGCAAUUCGUCCGUCCCGCCUGGGUAAGUUCGUCCCCUUACCACGGAGACCCUCCCCGUUGCAUGGCCGAACCGCCGGCUGACCUUGCUAUGCCCCAGCUUCACACUCUCUAUCUUCUUCCCGACAACACUGCGCUCCUCGACGCCCUAUACCUUCCGUCGAACCCUCUCCUGCGCGCACCCCUCCUGCAUACCCUUCGCUCCGCCGCCACCGACGAAGUUCUCAAAGCCACUCGGAGGCCGCUUCUGUGCCAGACCCGACUCCUCUCGGACGCCGAGACGGCAUUCCAAGCCCUGUCCACCCUGCUCGACGACAACGAGUGGUUCUUUGGUGACCCGAACCCCGGCUUGUUCGACGCCGAAGUGUUUGCUUACACCUACUUGAUUCUGGAUGCCAGCAUGGGUUGGUCGGAUGAGAGCCUGUCGAAACGUCUGACUGCCUUUGGCAAUUUGGUCGAGCACAGGACUCGGCUGUACGAGAGGUGUUGGGGGACCAAGUCAAGAGCGUAA